ACAUGUUAUAAGCGACUUCCUGAAACCACUGGCGAAUCGAACUGAACCGAACACAAUGCGUGCAAAGUGAAGCAAGGCAAGGCGUCCGACUACCGCUACCGGCCUUCUUGUGUUUGUACUUGUCCGAUUGUGAGCUAUUGACUCUGGAAAGAUGGAGACAAUGGAAGUUGGACAAGAGAAUGGAAUCAUCCCCACAACUGAAGUUAUAAUUAAGGAUAACAAUCUGAAAGAUGAAAAUGUUAAAGUUGAAGAAAUGACAUCAAGAGACUACUACUUUGAUUCAUAUGCUCAUUUCGGAAUCCACGAGGAGAUGCUGAAAGAUGAAGUUCGAACACUGACCUACAGAAACUCAAUGUAUCACAACAAACACCUGUUUAAGGGAAAGAUUGUACUGGAUAUCGGCUGUGGAACUGGAAUCCUGUCAAUGUUUGCUGCUAAAUCUGGUGCCGCCAAGGUCAUCGGUAUCGAGUGUUCGAACAUCGUGGAGUACGCCAAACAGAUUGUAGAGGAUAACAAUCUGUCUGAUAUCAUAUCUAUUGUAAAGGGCAAAGUCGAAGAGGUCACCUUACCUGAUGGCAUUGAGAAAGUUGACAUCAUUAUCUCUGAAUGGAUGGGGUACUGUUUGUUCUACGAGAGCAUGCUGGAUACAGUGCUGUACGCUCGGGACAAGUGGCUCGCAACUGAUGGUCUCAUGUUCCCUGACCGGGCUACGUUGUUUGUAUGUGGCAUCGAGGACCGACAGUACAAGGACGACAAGAUCAAUUGGUGGGACGAUGUCUACGGGUUCAACAUGAGCGCCAUCCGCAAGAUAGCCAUCAGUGAGCCUCUGGUCGAUGUUGUUGAUCCUAAACAGGUGGUAACCAACGCCUGUCUGAUAAAAGAGGUGGAUCUCUACACAGUCACUAAGGAAGAUCUGGACUUCCAAGCUCCAUUCCAUCUCCAAGUCCGUCGCAAUGAUUACAUCCAAGCAUUGGUCACCUUCUUUACCAUCGAAUUCACCAAGUGUCACAAGAGGAUAGGACUGAGCACGGCUCCAGAAGCUCCCUACACCCACUGGAAGCAGACUGUCUUCUACAUGGACGACUACAUGACGGUGAAGAGGAACGAGGAGAUCUACGGCGUGUUUUCGAUGAAGCCCAACAAGCGCAAUAACAGGGAUCUGGAUUUCACCAUUGACAUCGAGUUCAGGGGCGAACUGUGUGAGGUGCACGAGGCCAACCAUUACAGGAUGCGUUAAGAUGGUUUAUUUGGUCCGGAUCUGUAUUAAUUUUUAGAACUUUUUUUUUAAA